GGCGCGGCCUACAUGUGCGCGUUCACCCGCAAGGAGUGGCAGAAGGGCAUGGAGGAGAUGGACUGCGACUCGGCCGCCAAGCUCAAGGCCAAGAUCCCGCAGCUGCGCGAGGCCAUCGCUAGCGAGGCCGAGUUCAAGAAGUUUUACUGCUUCUGCUUCGGCUUCUCCAAGGAGCCCGGCCAGAAGAGCCUCAGCAUAGAUAUCGCCGUGGCCAUGUGGGAGCUGCUGCUGUCCGCGCGCUUCGAGAAGCUCACGGCCAGCUGGCUGGUCUUCCUGGCCGAGAAGAAGCCCGUCAAGGGCGUGACGCGCGACACCUGGGACCUGCUCUUCGACUUCUUCGUCAAGGUGCGCGAGUCCUACGACAACUACGACGAGAACGAGGCCUGGCCCGUGCUCAUCGACGACUACAUGGUCUGGAUAGACAGCAAGAAGCAGUGAGUAAGUAGCUAGACUACUAAAUGGCUGCACACAGAUACUUGCUUUGU